UUUUUUUUAUUAUUAUUUAUCUAUAUAUAUAUAUAAAAUCCUCUGUUUUUCCUCUGCAUUUUCAUAUCUAUUAUUAAGAAAAAAAGAAAAGAAGUGAUUUUUCGAAAGCGGAGAUGUCGUCGAGUUAUGUUGGGUCACUUGAUCAGGGUACCACUAGUACGAGGUUCAUAAUCUACGACAAACAAGCUCGCCCUGUUGGAUCUCACCAGGUCGAGUUCAAACAGUAUUAUCCUGAAGCCGGAUGGGUCGAGCACGAUCCAAUGGAGAUUUUGAAGAGUGCGAAAGAUUGUAUUGCGAAAGCUGUAGAAAAGGCCAAGGAAGAUGGUCACGACGUUGAAAAUGGUCUCAAGGCUAUUGGGUUGACCAAUCAGAGAGAGACUACUCUCGUUUGGAGCAAAUCUACUGGUGCUCCUCUCCACCAUGCCAUUGUUUGGAUGGACGUCCGUACAAGUUCCAUUUGCAGAAAAUUGGAGAAGGAGUUGUCUGGUGGAAGGACUCAUUUCGUUGAAACAUGUGGUUUGCCCAUAAGCACAUAUUUCAGUGCUGUGAAGUUGCUUUGGUUACUUGAAAAUGUUGAGACUGUUAAGAAAGCUGUGGAGAAUGGUGAUGCUCUCUUUGGAACCAUUGAUUCUUGGCUUAUCUGGAAUUUGACAGGUGGAGUCAAUGGAGGUGUACACGUAACUGAUGUCUCCAAUGCUUCUAGGACUAUGCUCAUGAACCUCAAAACUCUUGAAUGGGACAAACCUACAUUGGAAACUUUGGGAAUCCAAGCUGGGAUUUUGCCAAAGAUUGUUAGUAACUCUGAGGUUAUUGGGAACAUCACAGAUGGAUGGGGUAUCACUGGUGUCCCAAUCUCAGGAUGUUUGGGUGAUCAACAUGCUGCUAUGUUGGGUCAAGCUUGUAGAAAAGGAGAAGCUAAGAGUACUUACGGAACUGGUGCUUUUAUACUUCUCAAUACUGGUGAAGAGAUAAUUCACUCAAAGAAUGGUCUUUUGAGCACCUUGGCAUACAAGUUAGGCCCUAACUCGUCGGCUAAUUAUGCUCUCGAGGGCUCGAUUGCUAUUGCUGGUGCUGCUGUUCAGUGGCUUAGAGAUAGCCUUGGUGUUAUUAAUAGUGCUAGUGAGAUCGAGGCUUUGGCAAAGUCUGUUGAGACCACUGGAGGUGUCUACUUUGUACCAGCUUUUAAUGGAUUGUUUGCUCCUUGGUGGAGAGACGAUGCUCGCGGUGUUUGUAUUGGGAUUACUAGGUUCACCACCAAGGCUCACAUUGCUAGAGCUGUGCUUGAGAGUAUGUGUUUUCAAGUGAGAGAUGUGUUGGAGUCAAUGCACAAGGAUGCUGGUGAAAAGGGUGAGACUAAGAAUGAGAAAGGAGAGUUUUUGCUUAGAGUGGAUGGUGGUGCUGCUGUUAAUGACCUUCUGAUGCAGAUUCAGGCUGAUUUGUUGGGGAGCCCAGUAGUGAGACCAGCUGACAUAGAGACCACAGCUCUUGGGGCAGCUUAUGCAGCUGGAUUAGCUGUUGGGGUUUGGAGUGAAGAGGAAAUCUUUGGUUCUGGAGAAAAGGCCAAGACUGACAAAAAUUUCAGUCCCAAAUUAGAUGGAGAAGUUAGGAAGAAGAAGGUUGAGUCUUGGUGUAAAGCUGUUACAAGGACCUUUGACUUGGCUGAUCUCUCUCUUUAAAAACUUAUUUUCUGUUUAUUGAUCAUUUCUGUUUUUUUUUUUUUUUUUUUUUUUUUACAUUUCUAUGCUAUUCUUGGUAACAAGUGUUGUUUAAUGAUUGAUUUGGCAUACACAUUUACUUGUACCUUGGUUGAUAAAAAUAUAAUAAAUGACAUUUCUUUUUAGGACAUCUCUAAUUAGGAGUGUUCAUCUAA